AUGGACCGCCGGACGAGACGCGCCAUUUGUUUGUUCGACGUGGACGGCACGAUCACGGAGUCCAGACAGGUGAGUGGGCCCGCGGGGGCGAGCUGUCCGUUCUGGUUCACGGGGGCGCGGCACCCCCGCGAAGAGCGGGCCGUACGGCGACGGUGUCUAAUACGCGCGGUUUUUUUCUCCCGCAGCCGAUCGACCCGGCCGUCCGGACGUAUCUCGUGGACGAGCUGAAGGGCAAGGCCGCCAUCGGGCUGGUGAGCGGCUCGGACGUGGCCAAGAUAACCGAACAGCUGGGCGGCCCGGAACGUAAGUGUACCACGGCUAAACGGUAAUGCCGAAAGAGAAAUUUUUCAUAUAUUACAGCCCGGCGGUCGUAAACGCUCGCGCCGUCGUGCGUUUGCCAUUUUUAUAGACGUCGCCAAAUUCGAUUACGUGUUCGCCGAGAACGGGCUGGUGGCGUUCAAGGACGGCGAAGAGUUCGACAGACGCGUGAGUACACACGGCCCCGCGGACACGUAGACGGCGGCGCAUUUCCAUCCGGUUUUUUUUCCCCGCUGUUUACAGACGAUCGUCGACUAUUUGGGCGAGGAAAAGCUGCAGACGUUCAUCAACUACGCCCUGGGCUACAUGUCCGACGUCCGGCUGCCCGUGAAACGUGGCAAUUUCGUCGAGUUCCGCGUCGGCCUGAUCAACAUCUGCCCGGUGGGACGGUCCUGUUCGAAAGCCGAACGCGAUCAUUUCGAACAGUACGACAAAGUGCACAACGUGCGGAAGAAGUUCAUCGAAAGCAUCAAGGAAAACUUGCCGGACAUCGGCCUGACGUACAGUGUAGGUCAGUCGACGCGCGCGCCCGUUGUUGUACCGUUCCGGUAUCGUUGCGGAAUGUUGUGCGAUCCGUUCAUAAGCGGAUAAUCCGCCGGGUUAUGUCCGGAGGUAUUUUUUUCGUCCGGGAAUUCGUCUCCCGCAAUAUUUCGGAAACGAGCGGCCCUGCGAUUCGUACGGUUUUUCGGUCGCCCCCAUUUCCGGGGGGAGGGGGGGAGGAGGGCAAAAAAACCGCCAAGCCGCUUUUGAUUUUCAAACGGUGCUCGAAAGUGUUCGAAAUGGACAAUGUCACGCACCUGGGACGCUUACAAUAUCAGUACGCCGUGUCGUUGCUAACUAUGUAGAAAACACCUUUUACUUUUUUUUCGGUCAGCGGCGUACCCAGGCCUCACUUACAGGGGGGGGGGAGGGGCCGAAAUAUAUUUUCGCCCGUUCGUAAAAUAGAAAAUUUCCUAAAAAUGUAAAAAAGAUACAACAAUGUACGCAUAUUGUCACGUAUAAUAUAAUUAUACGACCCACCGAGGGGGAGGGAGGGGCAAUGACACCUUCGCUUCCCCCCCCUUCGAGGUACGCCACCGGUUUUCGCGAUAACAACAAAACGGUCGUAUUUCGAGAAUGCCGCCGUUUCAAACGGUGUGGACAGAUCAAUUUGUAAACUCGUCCGAAGAAAAUUUGAUUUGUCAUGCAGAUUAUCAUUAGUUAUUUUAAUCGUGAUCGGAAAGAGUUUACCUUGUGACAAACGUCCCGAUUAAUCUUAAACUUAACUAACGGACGCAAGUGGCGAUAUUACGAACCGGCGAACACCGGUUCCGGUCCGGUUUUCGUAACGCGCAAUCCGGAAUUAUGGAAUUCUCAAUGCACGUUGGUCGACGGAAAACUGCAUAAGUAUAAAAUUGUAGAGCCGCUCGUUUCUCGAACGUCCUGGGAAACGAACCCCGGAAAGAGUUGACGCUGUCCGAGCGUAAUGAGCGGACGGACCGUUUGAAAUGGAUCGCCCUAACGCCAUUUAUUAUGUUUGUUUUUUUAAACCGAAUAUCACCGUUAUCGUUACAGGCGGCCAAAUAAGUUUCGACUGUUUCCCCGUCGGAUGGGACAAACGGUAUUGUCUGCGGUACGUCGAAGACGAGUUCAAAGGAAACAUACAUUUUUUCGGCGACAAAACGUCGGCCGGCGGUAACGACCACGAGAUAUUCAACGACCCGAGAGUGUCGGGACACACGGUCACCGAUCCCGAAGACACCGUGUCGCAACUAAACGAUUUGUUUUUUUAA